AGUCAUCACAUAUGGCUCCGUGACCACUGUCGCUGCUCCAAGUGCUUUCACCCGAUAACGAAGCAGCGACUAUUGAAUACUUUCGAGGCAAGCAGCUAUGCGCCACUCGCAAGAUUAACACCAACAUCAGAGGGCUUAUCAGUUGUCUGGCCAGAGAAUCAGCCGCACGUUUCCGUGUACCCGUGGUCCUGGCUCCGGCAGAACUCGUACGAUCCGCCUCUGUUUAGUGAACAGACCUCUACCAAGAAGGUGCUAUGGGGUUCCAGCAUCAAACAGGACCCACCGACAGUCGACUACGCCAAAGUGAUGCACCCAGACGACGCCGGGUUGUACCAGUGGCUCUCAAAAAUCGACGAAUUCGGCUUCUGCUUCGUCAAAGGCGUCCCGCCGACACCCGAGGCGACCGAAGAGCUUUCCACCCGGAUCGGCUUCAUCCGCGAAACCCAAUACGGCAAAUUCUGGGACUUCACCUCCGACCUCGCGAAGGGCGACACAGCCUACACCACCCUCGCGCUCGGCGCGCACACCGACAACACCUACUUCACCGACCCCUGCGGCAUCCAGCUCUUCCACCUCCUCUCCCACACGCACGGCAGCGGCGGCGCCACCCUCCUCGUCGACGGCUUCCGCGCCGCCUCCCUCCUGCGCUCGCAACACCCCACCGUAUACGCGCUGCUCGCCCGCGUGCCCGUCGCCGCGCACGCCGCGGGCGAGCCGGGCGCGCUCUACGUCCCGAGCCCGCGCUCGGGGUUCCCCGUGCUCGGGCACGAUCGGGCCACCGGCGAGCUCGUGCAGGUGCGGUGGAACAACGAUGACCGCAGCGUGGUGCGCGGCGUGAGGGGGGACGAGAUGGAGGAAUGGUAUAACGCCAUACGGACGUGGCACGGGCUGUUGGCCAGCCCGGACGCGGAGUAUUGGGUGCAGCUGGGGCCGGCUGUGGAUAAUCACCGCGUGCUGCACGGCCGGUCCGCGUUCGACGGCAAGCGCCGCAUGUGCGGGGCCUACAUCGGCGUCGACGAGUACAAAUCCAAGCUAGCCGUGCUGCGCGAGAAGUUCGAGACGCCGCAGACCGAAGGGGGGCGCAGCAUAUGGCAUCCAUACAUUUGA